AUGACAAGUAUAGGUUAUUAUGACAAGGACAGAGCUAUUUUGGCCGAUGACAAAUCCCACCUUCGUCCCACCGGCUCCGGCAAAACCUUAUCCUCUGUCCCCGGCUUCGGAACCACCACUCCCAUCCCACCGGCUCCGGCCGCUGCCCCCGCUCCCGGCUUCGGCCGCUGCCCUUGCUCCUGUCUGCCCUGGCUCCGGCCACCGCCCCGCUCCCAUCUGCCCUGGCUCCGGCCGCUGCCCCGCUCUCGUUCCCCCGGCUCCGGCCGCCGCCCCGCUCCCGUCUCCCCCGGCUCCGGCCGCCGCCCCGCUCCCGUCUCCCGCGGCUCCGGCCGCCGCCCCGCUCCCGUCUCCCUCGGCUUCGGCCGCCGCCCCGCUCCCGUCUCUCUCGGCUCCGGCCACCGCCCCACCCUUGUGUAUACUAGGUUCAGCUGCCACCUCGUCCCCAUCUCCUCCACGACCCCAUCGUUGUCCAGCCUGCCUCCCCAAUCCACCACACGUUGCCACUACAGCUCCAGCAUCGCCCUCUGCCUCCUAAGCUCACGGUCCAUUCAAACUCAGCCACCAUGCCGUUCAUCACCACCACCAAAGCCCAUUCAUUUGGCUCCAUUCGUGCAGCUGCCAACGCGGUCGCUGGGGCUAGUCAACUGUAAGAUCUGCAGCUCAUCAGUCCAACUUCUUCCUCCGCCACCGGUCACUCAAAAAAGAGUCGCUUGCAGGCCACCCCGCGCUUGGCCCCAUGAUCCAGCAUUUUUGGUUUCUCUAUUUUAUGUUACGAUGGUAGUGACAUUGGAGAAGAAAUGUGUGUUGAGGUACAAGUCUUGAAUUUUUGGAGGUUCAAUGCAUUGCUGCUGAAAGGUACAUUCUCUCAAUAGUAUAAUGCAAUUUGUUAAUAAAAAUAAAUAGUGAUUCCAUAUGUAUUAUACGAGUGGUUCAUACAAAAAAAGAAGCAAAAAGCUGUGAUUCACUAUGUAUUAUAUGUCCAAAUUUUGUUUUAUUCAGCAUAAGGCUUCCAAGCAUGGUUCAGUUUCAGCACAAAGGCUCAGUUCAACAGAAACCAUGCCGACUUGGAUACCGACUUACCACUUAAUAAGUUACUGGACUGACCAAAACUUUCUGUAGUACUAGUCGACAUCACUAUUCAAGAUAAAUUUUGAGCUAUAAGUUCCAUUUUUCUUCCUUCCUGUUUUGAUACAUAUUUAGGAAUUACCUUUGUUAAUUUUGGCAUCCCCCGAAGCCUUGCACCCCCAGAGAAGCCACCCGCUGGAUCCAGUAGGGCAACACUGUUGACACCGAUGUCGUAGUCCUCCGGUGUCGCCUUUCCCAUCCCUGUCCAGGUAUAGGACUCGCACCAGUCCAGAUCUUCCUAGCUUCUCCGUUCAAGCUCCUCGUGCCAUGCUUGAUGGCCAGUUCAUCAUUAUAAACAUAAAUUUCUUUCAGUUCUGAAACGUGUACAGUUCCAGGAACAUUGUUGUGCAGACCAAAAAGUGUGCGAUGGAUAUUCUCUUCACAUUUUUUGUGUUUUGGAGUAAAUCAACAUAGAUUGUUGACACAUUAGCUUCUAAUUUUUUGCACUGGAUUUGGAGAUAUGAACAAUGAUUGAUUUUGAUUAGUACUUGGUUGUGUGA